AUGGCGGCUCCCGCCGGCGACGCGUUCGCCUUCUGCGUGGAGGCGGCCGGCCCGGCGCGGCGCAGAGCGCUGGAGGUGCGCUUCAUCGGCCCCGGCAAGGGGAAAGGACUCUUUGCAACCAGAGACAUUCUUAAAGGGGAAACUAUUUUCGUCGAGAAGCCUGUGGUGUCGGCCCAGUUCCUCUGGAACGCCCUCUAUAAAUACCGAGCCUGCGACCACUGCUUGCGAGCCCUGGAGACCGCGGAGGAGAACGCCCAGCGGUUGCUGGGGAGGUUUCAGGCCCUGCCUCACCCGGAGCAGUGCAGCAUCCGUAAGGAUCUCCACGAGCGUUGUCCCAGCUGCCAGGUGGCCUAUUGCAGUGCCGAGUGCCGGCAGGUGGCGUGGGAGCGGUACCAUCAGGCCCUCUGCCUGGGGCCCUCUGAAGGGGACCCCGGUCACCCGCUCAGCAAGCUUCAGGAGGCAUGGAGGAAUAUGCACUACCCCCCGGAGACCGCGAGCAUCAUGCUGAUGGCCAGGAUGGUCGCGACGGUCAAGCAGGCUAAAGACAAAGACUGGUGGAUCACGCUUUUCUCGCAGUUCUGCAGUAAAACCGCCAACGAGGAAGAGGAAAUUGUCCACAAGCUCCUUGGGGACAAAUUUAAGGGCCAGCUUGAAGUCCUGCGCAUGCUCUUCACGGAAGCCCUUUACGACGAACAGCUCAGCAGGUGGUUCACCCCUGAAGGCUUCCGGUCGCUGUUCGCCCUGGUGGGAACCAACGGCCAAGGGAUCGGGACCAGCUCGUUGAGCCAGUGGGUCCACGCCUGUGAUGCCCUGGAGCUCCCCCCACCGGAGCACGAGCAGCUGGACGCCUUCAUAGACCAGCUGUACAAGGACAUUGAGAAAGAGACGGGGGACUUCCUGAAUUGUGAAGGCUCUGGCCUGUACCUGCUGCAGAGCUGCUGUAACCACAGCUGCAUUCCCAACGCUGAGGCCUCAUUCCCAGACAACAAUUUUCUCCUGCACCUGACGGCCUUGACCGAUAUCAGGCCAGGAGAGGAGAUCUGCAUCAGUUACCUGGACUGCUGCCAGCGGGACCGGAGCCGACACAGCCGGCACAAGACUCUCCGGGAAAACUACCUGUUCGAAUGCUGCUGUCCCAAGUGCCUGGCUCAAGCUGGCGAUCCGGAUGUGACAUCGGAAGAGGAGGAGGAGGAAGAGGAGGAAGCAGACGCCGAACCCGAUGCGGCCGAGCUGGAGGACGAGAUGACGGACGUUUGAUCCGGGGCGGCGGGGCCGGGGGGCUUCUCCAGCGGCGAUGCGCCGAGAGGUUUGGGAGCAGAUGCCUGGACAGGAAGCCGGCACAGCGGGAUGGGCUUGGGCGGUGCGGUGGGUGGGUGCUGGAGGGACCGGAGCCCGGCGGCCUUCUCCACCUGCGGGCCCUGCUUUCUGGACACUUGGCCGCUCUUACUGCCGGCCGCGCCCCGAGAGGGAUGGAUCGGCUUGGACUCCCUGCCUUGGCGACUCUCCCCACCCACGUGGGCACCGUCCGCCGUGGGCAGCAUCAGUGAGGCGCUUCGGACUUGCCCAGGGCGGAAGCCGCAGGGUGAGCUUGGCGUUUGGUGGCGACAGGCCUGGGGCUUCUCGGGGUCCAGCUGCCCGGGAAAAGCACCUCAAGUCGGGGGAGUGCUGCGGGGCCUCAGCCAGCCUGGCCACAAGGGCUAGCGGCUCGGUUGCCCCCUCUUCUGCAGCUCCCACUUCAAGAGAAACGGAGGUAGAGCUCUGCCGGCCAGCCCUGAAGUCCACGCAGCUCAGACCGGCAGGCAGGGGGUGGCCCCGCUCAGCAGCCGAGCAGCAGGGCCGCAGCAGGGCCACAGCAGGUGUCUGUGGGCUGCCAUGCGCCGUCCUGUGGGGGCUGCCAUGCGCCAUCCUUUGGGUUUCUCUUUGUGUGUCGGAGAAAGUGGGUCUCUCGUUCUUGCUGCAAUAAUGUUUCUCUUGAAGGUACUGCCAGGGGCCCCCGGAAGCCCCCAAGAACAGCUGCCCUCCCCUACACUUUCUGCAUCCCCUCACCCCCGCUCUACAAGCUGGCAUGAACAGGAAUAUGGCUUUUGAACUCGGGUUCCUUUCUCGCGAUGGCCCAGCCCUGGCCCCUCCGCCUGCAGCCCUCCAGCUCGGGGGGCUGCAGCUCCCAGAGAGCCCAGCCCAUCUGGAGGGCCCCGGGCUGUGGGAGGUCGUUGCAAAGACAAUUCCCUGGAAGUGGGGUGAGGCUUGGGAUUCCGACACACCCUUUAGCACACCGCUAUAUUACUCAACGGUGUCGAACUCCACGACCAACUUCCUAAAAUUCCUGCUCACAGGGACGUUUCCUUUAGCGAAGGUCCUUUCCAUUGUGAAUUGAACAAUUCCCGUGUUCAGCAGCUUCAGCUUGCUUUAAUGCUCCCUGUUGAUCUGGGCUGACUGGGCGAAGGAAGAGUAACCAUUGAUCCGCCCCUUGAAUUCUCCCCCUGCGAAGGUCCAGUCUCUGUUUAAUUUUCUGCACACUGGCCAAGUUUUAAGCCGCAAUCCUGGACGUGCUUCCCUGGAAGCAGUCUGGUUGCACUUGGUUGGCCUUGCUCCUGAGUAGACAUCCAUAGGAUCACACUGUUGAGUCUUUUCUUGCCAUUCCUAAUGACAAAACCCUGCUGGAAAAGUAGUGGUGGGGAAGAGCGCUCAGCAGUGCCGUGGCCCUCGCCCUGUGGAGAAGGUCCGUAGACCCGCGGGGGUAUUCUGCAAGGAGGCUGGAAUCUCCGGCCAGCCAGCCUGCCCUCCAGCUCGGAAUAGCAGGAAAUAUUAAACUAGGGCACAUUUGCGAAGAGGAAGCUCAGGUGUGCAAAGCUCUGUAGUGCUUUGGUGCAGGAAAUGUGCUUUCGAUCACACAGAAAGGUCGCCAGAUAACCGUGAUUGGUUAUUGAUCACAGUUCCUGAUCUGAGAGAUCUGUGGGGGAAAAUGCUGGAUCCUGCCCUGUUUCCCGGCUGCCGGGACAGCCCAAAGACAAUCGUGAACACAGCCCAGGGACUGCGCGUGCCUGGUGGGGGUGGGACGUGGAGGCCCUCGCCAGAGCAGGGGGCGGUGCAUCUGGAACCCUACACAACACCCAGCCUCACAUCGACAAGGACUUCGUCUCGUCAGUAGCAGAACUCUGACCCGCAACCCUGGAAUUUCCCUUUAUUUUGCAAGGGGAAAACACCGAACGUUUAUUAUACUGAUGUGUCCUCAUAAAGCACCAAACCUCACGCA